AUGAAAAUUAAUGAAGGAGAUGAACCUUUUGUGCUGGAUCGGAAGCUGAUCUUUGAACUCUUGAAGGAUAUCAACCAGAAGCUGCAAGAGGAUAACCAAGAGCUGAGAGACCUUUGCUGCUUUCUGGAUGAUGACAGGCAGAAGGGCAAGAAGGUGUCCCGGGAGUGGCAGCGGCUGGGCAGGUACAGCGCCAGCGUCAUGCACAAAGAGGUGGCCUUGUACCUGCAGAAGCUGAAAGAGCUGGAAGUGAGGCAAGAAGAAGUGGUGAAGGAGAACCUGGAGCUGAAAGAACUCUGCGUGCUGCUGGAUGAGGAGAAGGGUGGAGGGGCAGGCAGCAGGAGCUCCAUCGACAGCCAGAUCAGCCUGUGCCAGCUCACGGCGACCAGCUCCUACAUCAGGGACGUGGGGGAUGGGAGCAGCACCUCCAGCACGGGGAGCACAGACAGUCCAGACCAUCACAAGCACCACCCCAGCAGCAGCCCAGAGCACCUCCAGAAGGGGAGGGGGGAGGGCAGCCCUGAGCACCAGAAGCGCAGGAGCCUCAGCCCCGAGCACCUGCAGAAGCCCAGGAGCUCUGGCAGCCCCGAUCACCACCUGAAAGGGCCGAGUCCAGAGCAUCACAAACCCAUUGUCAAAGCCCCUGAACCACAGAAGCACAGCAGCAGCAGCCCAGAAACGAUCCCAAAGCACGUUUUGAGCAGUAGCCCUGAACACUUUCCAAAGCAGAGGCCUGGUGGCAGCCCUGAGCACCAAAAGCACAGCGGGGGCAGCCCAGAUCACCUUCAAAAGCACACACCAAGUGGAAGUACAGAACACCUCCACAAAGUGAGGGGCACGAGCCCUGAGCAUCUCAAACAACACUAUGGAGGGAGCCCAGAGCAUCUCAAACAUCUCAGUGGAGGCAGCAGAGAAGGUACCCUCAGGAGACAAGUAACAGAUGACCUGUCACCUCACCACAGAAGUAUAUACAAUGGAAUGAAUGGUGGGUCAAUGUAUUUAGUGAAAACUCCCUUUGCAAGGUAG